UCUCCCCUGUUGUAGCUCCCGUAGGUGGCAGGAACGCUGGGUGGGGAGGAAGCCUUGGCAGCUUUCUCUCUGCAGGGCCCCCACCACCCCUCCCUUUCGCCUGCCUGUCCAGGCAUGGGUGCUGUCCGCUGGCAGACCCACAACGUCUCUGUGUGUUUUCUGGUGGUGUGUGUAUGGGUGCACGUUAGUCUUGCUGCUGCACAAUCACAGAACUGGCCGGCCGAACCUAGAGGGGUACCGUCCCCACACAGUGUCCCCCGCUUUGGUUUGUGGAGGCCGGUGUUCACUUCAGUCUCCGCCAUUGGCCUCGCUGAGAUUCAGAUUCAGCUCUCCCUUGUGACUAUUCUUGGUGGUAUGUCCUCAUGGUCUGUUUUGUUUGGAUACCCUGACAACUAGAAGCUUUGCGGUGACCACUUUCAAGCCAGCUACUUCUCUGCAACCCCAGUGACAUGAUGCCCAAGAGGGAUAAUGAAAGGGACCUGGAGCUGGACAAGAAGAUCGAGGCUCUCCGCAGGAAGAAUGAAGCACUAAUGAAGAGGCACAAGGAGGUGGAGGAGGACAGGAAAAGGGCAGAAGAGGAAGGAAUGGCGCUGCAGAGCCGCAAGGGCAAAGCUGAAGAUCUUACCAUCACAAUCUGCAAGUCUACCAGUGACAGUCGCGUAGUGGUGACGAAGCCAUUCAGCAGUGGUUCACCAGCUGGGAAAGGACAGCAGGAUUCCGGGCCCGAUAUGGGGGGAGAAGGCCCUCCGCAGGGUGCUGGCCAAGGCCACAGGAAGCAGCUAAUGGUCACCAUGGCUGGCAAAAAGGGUAAGAGGGUGGUGAGUGAGAGGCCAGAGAAGAGGCCAGGCCCUGCAGACAUCAAGAGCCCUACAGAUGACAGACGGGCGAGGCGUGCGGAGUCAGUGGGGAGGGGCAAGCAGCCACUUCACAUGACCAAGAGAGACACAGCACCACAGGACGAGGUUAAACAAGGGCAGAAGCACGCUGAGGAUCAUCAUAGGCUUUCAGAGCAAUGCCAGGAGCCUGAGAGCCUGCAGGGCAGCACAGACCUCAACAUCCCCACGUCAAAAGAGGAGCAGGAGGAGUAUGUGCGGUGGAAGAAAGAGCGCGAGCAAAUCGACAAGGAAAGAGUGGCACGCCACAAAAACGCCAAGGGUCAAUGGAGGCGGGCAUGGGACAUGGACAAAACUGAGAACAUGUUUUCAGACAAAUCCCUCCCUGAAAGAGACUGGGGCCCUUCCAGCAGAGGUGGACGAAAUGCUCGAAGAGGACAGUGCAGGGCAGGUCACGAGAAGCGAGGAAAAGACAAGGGAGCCAAAAACGUGCUUGUGAUGAGCAGUAAAGCAAAAGGCAUAGAUCGUCUGACUGGGAGAGCCAGGAGAUGGCAGGCAAAUGAAGACAGAGAGAACCUACAGUCCUCUGACACGACAUUAGAGGAAUUCUUGGAGGAACUCGACGCCCUCACAGACACUGAGGUAGAAGAUCAGAAAGAAGAGGGCUCAAAAAUGAAGCUGUCGCUCAGUACAUCUGAGGAGAUAAGUAGAUCCACAGCUACCCCGAGAGAGGACGCCCCCACUCAGGAGAAGGAAGAGGCCUUGCCCGCUCGGGGUUCGGAGAAGAAGGUACGUUUCUCAGAAGAACUCAACCUGGAGGCUCACGCAAGGCAAACCACAGGCUCUCAGGACUCUGCCAGCUCAGAAUCAAUAAGUGCGAGCUCCUUUAGAGCUUCCUCGCGUGAUAAACAACAACACAAAGUGCAGGAGCAACAGCAGCCUCUUGAAAAUGCCAAGCAGAACGAUGUUAGUCCUCAGGAUCAGGGAGGUGGUCCGUCUGCUCCUUCUGUUGCCCAGCAGCAGGCUUCUGAAACUGAUUGUACUAAAAAAGACAGCACCCUCUCCACAGCUCCGAGCUCCCCCUCUGUUGAAAAAGCCUGUACCUCUCUGUUGGAGAGCUCUGUCAAGCCUGUAGAGCUUGCCAAGUGCAACAUCAGCAACACAAACACAGAGGAACUAAUAGACUCCGGCCUGUCUGUCCUGAGCCUGGAGUCAGGGGAAACACACCCAACACACUCCACCAGCAAUGACAAGGCAAGAGAGCAUGGGAAGAUUGUUUGACGUUUUCAGGAUGUAAAUACUAAAACCAAA